CAGCACAGGUGGAGUGUGUGUGCAUGCGUUUGUGCAUGUGCGUGUGUGUUUUUGUAGCAGCGGCAGGAGCGCGUUGACUUCACACACAAACACACUCUUUUCCGGGCCUGUCCUGAUGGUGUCUAUCCUGUGUUGUGCUCCAGAUGAGCUGCUGGAUGUAACCUGGCUCCAUAAGUGCUAUGAAUGACUCCCUGGAUGAGACGCGCAGCCUUGGGGAGAAAGCGGCCAUAUUUCGGGGAGCGAAAGGCAGUGGGAACGUCGUCGGGUCGGCCUUCAUCCCAUUGUGCUCCCCCUUGCAGCCACCCAAUGCUGCGGUCUCCACACACUUCAAGGGAAAUAGAAAAAGUAGAGCGGUGGAUGAAACACAAAUGGGACACGUCCCAAAUCCCUUCCCAGAGUUGCUGCCGGCCGCUGUCUCUCUAGUGUCUGAGUGUCUGUUACCCUGGACCAAAAACAGUGCGACUCAGGUAAUCAAAGUGUACAGUGAAGACAACACAAGCCGUGCAGUGGAGGUGCCCAGUGACAUCACUGCCCGGGACAUAUGCCAGCUGUUCAUCCUGAAGAACCACUGCAUCGAUGACCACAGCUGGACCCUGUUUGAGCAGAUCCCACAUCUGAGUAUCGAGCGAACCAUAGAAGACCAUGAGUCGGUUAUGGAGGUUCAGUCAGGCUGGGGAAUGGACUCACACUGUUGUCUGUACUUCAGGAAGAAUUAUGCCAAAUACGAGUUCUUCAAGAAGCCUCUUGACUUUUUCCCAGAGCACAUGGUGUCUAUAUCCAGUGAAACCAAUGGAAUCAUGAACCACUCACAACUUAUACAGGAACCCAGACACUUGCAGUUCAUUGCAGAGUUCAGUGACAGUGACGUCUACACGUUAUUAUCUGCCAAAAAAGUUUACGGCGCCCCGACAGACUACGGCUUCUGUGUGAAGGCAAGCAAGUUGAAUUCUGCACGUGAUCUGAAACUGCUCUGUGCGGAUGACGAGCAAACCAGGACGUGUUGGGUUACAGCCAUGCGCCUCUUCAAGUACGGCAUGCAGCUUUACCAGAACUUCGUCCAGCCCCAUCAGAAGCAGAAGAGUUCUCCAAUGAGGAGCAUCUCGGAGAACUCACUGGUGGCCAUGGACUUCUCAGGACACAAGAGUCGGGUGAUCGAGAACCCGUCCGAGGCGCUGUCAGUGGCUGUGGAGGAGGGUCUGUCGUGGAGGAGGAAAAGCUGCCACAGGCUGAGCUCUCAUGGUAGUCCGUCCACCUCUCAGAGCUCCAUGUCCAGCAUAGCUAUCCAUGUGGCUCAGCCGUGGUUUCACAGCAAACUGUCCCGGGACGAGGCUCAGAAACUAAUCACUCAGCUGGGCCUCAUCGAUGGGGUGUUUCUGGUAAGGGACAGUCAAAGUAACCCGAGGACAUUUGUUCUGUCACUGUGCCAUACGCAGAAAAUCAAACACUUUCAGAUUGUACCGGUUGAAGAGAACGGCGAGCUCUUCUACAGUCUGGACGACGGACACACGCGUUUCACUGACCUGCUGCAGCUAGUGGAGUUUUACCAGCUGAACAGAGGCGUUCUGCCCUGCAAGCUCAAACAUCACUGUGCCCGCAUCACCCUCUGAACCGCAGCUUGUGCCUUGGACAGGAAACCCUUUCACUGUCCACUCCCUGAUGAGCAUUAGGCUCUGAACUCUGAACUCUGAGACUGUGAUAAGCACGAGCAUCACUAAACAGACUGGACUUCUGAGGACCCUGAUAUUCAGCGAGGGAUGAUCUGUGGUCUGUGGUGCGCAAAUGUAGAUGGGAAUGUAUAACGUACUCUGUCCUGAUACAAACACUCUCAGUGUGGAUGAGACCAUCUUAUUAAGCUAUCAAUCAAAGCUAAGGUUUAACGGCAGACCAGCUGGGUCUCUGUAUGGUGUGAGCAAACUACAGCCGGGUGCACAUGCUACGAUUUUUCCUUUUGCCAUCUAAGACUAAUCCUGGGUAAAAGACUUCUUUCAGCUCAAAUAGGGUACAGUUUUUU